AGAUUUCUAGCUGUAAUUGAUUUGCUAAGUUGGCUAUGACGAUUGGAACAACGGCAGAUGAUGAGGAAUCUUCUAUUAUACAAGAUGUAUGUGCGCAUUGCUGGUGUUCUAUCAUAUUCUAUAAUGAGGAGUCUAGUGAUUUAGACAAGAUUCUUGGUAAUCCAAAUCUUGUCUGUAGGAUCCAGGAACUAUACGCUAAUAGAGAUUCUGUUGAUCAACCUUGCUCGCUAUGCAAUUCUUUGGUUUUAUCAGAUAUAUUUGUUUCUAAUGACGAUAUUUAUUUAGUCGACAAUGAGGGAUAUCGCUCAGCAGUUGCUGAUGGGUGCCUACUGGAAGACGUCUUUGAACGCCUUGUGGACAUAGAAUGUGACAUUAAUAACCGUGAGCAUACAAAGCCCGGUAUGUUAGUGAAAGCAUUUGGAUUCAAUAUAUGCGUUUUGGCUGUGUUUUUAAAAUAUAACAUAGGAACCAAUGACCAAGUUAUUAAUUCGUUUGCCAAGCGAUGCAUUAAGAUUGAAUUAGAUGAAUCGGCAAAACAAAGAGUAAACGAGCUAUCAAAUGUAUUUGACAUGGUCAAAAGCAGGAUAGAAUCUUCAGUCACGAAUAUUGAAAAUUCUAGUGACGAAGUCAUCCAGCUGAUUCAGUCAUAUUUGAGCUAUUCACAAGUAAAUAAAAAAGCAGUCAACUAUAUAGAUGCUUACAGUCGACGAUUACUGAGUUUAACAGCUACAAAGUUACAACAGGAAUGCAUGAAAAGUUGCAUCCUUGAUUCUCCAUUGACCCAGAGGUUAAUGCAAAUUUAUGUUGAUGAUAGGCACCUAUUCGAACAAUUGUUACGUAUUAACCUUAAUGUAAAAAUUGUCCAUGAGGAUACUCUUCGAAUAUCGGAAUUUGUUAUCAUACGUGAUGUAAUAACAUUUGUUGGUUAUUAUAACAAGUUGGCAAGAGGGUUAUGCCAAACGUCUUGGACACCGGGUAAAGAAACCAAGUCUAAUCUCUCAGUAGAAGAAUGCCUUUGCUUGCCUUUAAUGUCCAUAUGCGAUGGUUCCAGCUACAAAUUCAUGGCAUCCGGUCGUGAGGAUUGUGACGUGAGGACAAUAGGUAAUGGUAGGAUGUUCUGUGUGGAAUUAUACAAUUGCAAGCGUGAUUUAUUUGAUGUAUACAGGUUAAUACAUGGACUACAUCAAGGUGCACAGCUACCAAACGAUAUGCCACAUUGUUACAUGUCUGAUUUAAAAGGGAUAUUACAUGACAUCAAAGUGGGUGCAAACAGGAUUAACCAGUACUACUUUGCAAUGUUGAGCGACAAAGACACCGCCAAAAGCCCAUCAAAAAUGAUAACCAUAUCUCCAAUAUCCCGUGAAACACUAAGUCAGGCAUUCGAUGCUAAAAAUGAUGGUAGACCGCAAUCGGUAACGGGUACUGGAUUUUAUGGUCUAAAAGUGUCAUUCAACAGUAGAUUACAGAGACAAAUAGUACAGACCGAUGCAGAAAACAAAUGUAAAACAUAUUCCUGUCUUAUAUAUUCCGACGGAGCGGUCGAUCUAGCGAUAUUUCACAAACUUCCACAAGGACCGUUCAGCAUAUCGCAAGAGAACCCUGUUAGAACGAGUCAUCGCAAAGGCCAAUGUAAACGAACACGUGAAAUAUAUUAUAUGCAUGUGGACCCAAUACAUCCAAGGUUGUUUCAUUUGACGAUCAAAACACAGGCAGGCACAUACAUUAAAGAAUUUGUAAAUGGAGACAUCGGACGUACUACACCAUCACUCAAAGAAUUAUUAGGGGCAAAAUCAUUAUACGUCAUCCACCUUGAUGUCAUCGAUUUUUCGGGGGAAACAAGGUAGUGAUCAUACAACGGCAUAAGCCUUCCAUG